AUGCGUUCGCACGCACAGUUUUUCAUGACAGAUCAUACAAUAUCAUAUCAAACAAACACAAGAGAUCAAAUUCUAACGAGCUCAAGAACCCGAAGCAUACCUGUCCCCACCCUCAUCAUGAGAUCCUCCACACGAACCUUCACCACAUCCCUCCUCAUCCCUAUAUCCGCCGCAUACCGGCUCGCGCAAUACGUCGCGACUGCCGUGGCCGCCAUUCCAUACACAUUAUUCGUCACAAAGCGCAGUGGAGUGGACAAAACAGCCGCUAGAGGCCCGCCAAUGAUGGACACGGCCUGCCCACUUUGGCCCAUCGUGCACUAUCAGGCCCGUCUUGCAGUAGAUGGCAAAGUCCUCACAGUUGUUCUUGAACACCACCCAAACCCGUUGUCGAGCAGGUAUCGGGCCCGGUGGACCACUGUGCGAUUGUCGUCAGAGAUGGCCAGUGUGCAGGUGCCGCCACGGGCCUUGGCAAGGAAGUGGGCCGGGCUGACGGCGUAUUCGAAUCGGUACAGAAUGCCGCCGGCCAAGAAGCAGUCGAGGCAUGAGGAGACGACCCCGUGGCCUUCCUCGACCGGAGUGCAGGUCGGGCAUGGGGUGUGGGCCCGGGAAGGGCCCGAGCUGAUUAGUAGGAGGUCGAGUACGGUGCCCGUGCCAACUUCCUGA